AUGGCAGCUGCGCCGUCGCCGGUGGAGAUUGGCGCCAGGGGAACGAUUGGAGCUCUGGUGUCCAAGGAGAUUGCGUACUUUGAAAUGCUAAAUCCAGGCCACCAUGAACCCUCCAGCCAGAAACUGGACCAGGUGAGCACACAAGUAGCCUCCACAAGUGGAGGAUCUAAGCAAAAGUCAGGCUCGAGUAGAGAAGUGAAAAGGAGGAAAAAGAAAAAGAAGUCACCAGCUAGCAGAGGGUUCCUUCCGAGCAUAUGCUCCGCGGUGGAUGCCAUCGACACCAGCCAAAGUGAGAAAGUUACAGGAAUCAGCUACAGGAACUUGCGAACUGUGGGAUGA